AUGAGCGCCACUUCGCCGUUCUCUGUCUCUUACUCCAACAUGCCUUCCGAGGCUCUCGACACCCGGGCGCCGUCGCAGCAUGUGUACCACGGCCUCGCCUCGUCGGCUACCUCCCGCGCUGCCCUCACCACCGAGGGACUCCUCCCGGCGGCGGCGACCAACCUCGAGACUGAGGUCGCCCGGGCCCUCGCCCAGAUGCGGUCGUACGAGACGCCGCUGCAAAAGUACAUCUACCUCUCCGACCUCGCGGCUACCUCGUCGUCCAUCUUUUACGCCACCGUCCUCGCCAACCUCGAGGAGAUCAUGCCGCUCGUGUACACACCGACCGUUGGCGAGGCCUGCCAGAAGUUCUCGGCCAUCACCCGCGGCCGUCCCCAGGGCCUCUUCAUCACCGCUGAGCACAAGGGCCGCAUGCGCGAGGUCCUCGACUCGUGGAACCUCCCCGUCCACAUCAUCGUCGUCACCGAUGGCUCCCGCAUCCUCGGCCUCGGUGACCUCGGUGCUGGCGGCAUGGGUAUCCCCAUCGGCAAGCUCUCCCUCUACAUUGCCGCCGGUGGCUUCCACCCGGCCUCGACCCUCCCCAUCACCCUCGACUUUGGCACAGACAGCGAGGAGCUCCUCGCUGAUCCCCUCUACAUCGGCCUCCGCCAGAACCGCGUCCAGGGCGACGAGUACUACGCCCUUGUGGACGAGUUCAUCACCGCCGUCAAGGACAAGUGGCCCCAGGCUCUCGUCCAGUUUGAGGACUUUUCCAACGACCACUGCUUCGACCUCCUCGACACCUACCGCUCGCAGCUCCCCUGCUUCAAUGACGACAUCCAGGGCACCGGCGCCGUCAUCGCCGCCGGCUUUGUCGUCGCCGCCCGCGUCCUCGGCGUCCCCAUCUCCGAGCACCGCUGCGUCUUCCUCGGCGCUGGCUCCGCUGGCGUCGGCGUCGCCGACCGCAUCGUCUCCCUUAUGGUCGCAGAGGGUCUGACUGAGGAGGAGGCCCGCGCCCGCUUCUGGUUCAUCGACUCGCGCGGCCUCGUCGUCAAGGGCCUCAACGAGCCCAUGGCCUCCCACAAGAUCCCCUACGCCCGCACCGACGUUGACGGUCCCAUCACCACCCUCCAGGAGGUCAUCGACCUCGUCAAGCCCACCGCCCUUGUCGGCCUCUCCAAGCAGGCCGGUGUCUUCACCCCGGAGAUUAUCAAGUCGGUCCACGCCAACUGCGCCCGCCCGCUCAUCUUCCCGCUCUCCAACCCCACGUCCAAGUCCGAGUGCACGGCAGAGACCGCUUACACCGCCACCAACGGCGAAUGCCUCUUCGCCUCGGGCUCGCCCUUUGACCCCGUCACCCUCGCCGACGGCCGCACCCUCACCCCGGGCCAGGGCAACAACUGCUACGUUUUCCCGGGCAUCGGCAUGGGCACCGUCCUCGCCCGCGCCUCAGAGGUCACCGAGGGCAUGAUCAACGCCGCCGUUGUCGCACUCGCAGAGUGCGUCACCGAAGACGACCUCGCCCUCGGCCGCAUCUACCCCUCCAUCGACGCCAUCCGCUCCAUCUCUGCACGCAUCGGCGCCGCCGUCGCCCGCCGCGCCGUCGAGGACGGCGUCUCCUCCAUCAACGUCGACAUGUCUGACGACGAGCUCGUCAAGUUUGUCGAGGAGGCCAUGUACGUCCCCGACCGCGUCGUCUCUGCCUCCAAGCUUUAA